AAAAGAAAACUCAUGAAGCACUCCUGAAGUUGAUGAUUCUUUCAAAUUUGAGGAAUGGCUUAAAUCCAGCUACUUCGAAAUUAGUGUUUGGACAUCUUACCAUUCAAGUAGAGAUGAAAAUUUAUGACAAGUGGAAAUGUGUUCCUGAAAGAAAUUUUAUGAAAUAAGAAUCAACUUGAAUGCAGAAUGGGAAUGUUUUUUUCAAUCAUUAGAUUUGAAAAUCUCUAUGAACUGAAAAGACUAUGCCACUGGGGGCCAAUCAUAGCCCUUAGUGUAAUAGCAAUAUGUUCUGCCAUGGCUAUCAUCGAUGCAGUCCUGUGGUACUGGCCUUUGGAUACAACAGGAGGAAGUAUUAAUUUCAUCAUGCUCAUCAACUGGACUAUUAUGAUCCUUUAUAACUACUUCAAUGCCAUGUUUGUUGGCCCUGGUUAUGUUCCUAUUGGAUGGAAACCAGAAAAUUCUCAGGACUGCAUGUAUCUUCAAUACUGUAAAAUAUGCCAAUCUUACAAAGCACCACGUUCACAUCACUGCCGAAAAUGUAACAGGUGUGUGAUGAAGAUGGACCACCACUGUCCAUGGAUUAAUAACUGCUGUGGAUUUCAGAAUCAUGCCUCAUUUACACUCUUUCUUCUGCUAGCCCCUCUGGGCUGUAUCCACGCUGCUUUUAUUUUUGUCAUGACCGUGUAUACUCAGCUUUAUAACAGGGUCUCCUUUGGCUGGAGUUCUGUGAAAAUUGAUAUGAGUGCAGUCAAGAGGGAUCCCCGCCCAAUAAUCCCUUUCGGAUUGUCUGCAUUUGCUGCCUCUUUAUUUGCCCUGGGACUGGCCUUAGGUACUACGCUAGCUGUUGGCAUGUUGUUUGUUAUCCAGAUGAAAAUCAUCAUAAGGAAUAAAACUUCAAUAGAAUCAUGGAUUGAGGAAAAGGCCAAAGACCGCAUUCAGUAUUAUCAUACAAAAGAAGUCUUUAUAUUUCCUUAUGACCUGGGAAGCAAAUGGGAUAACUUCAAGCAAGUCUUUACAUGGUCUGGAAAUCCAGAGGGAGAUGGCCUGGAAUGGCCUCUAAGAGAAGGCUGCCAUCAGUACAGUUUAACAAUUGAGCAGUUAAAACAGAAAGCUGACAAGAGAGUGAGAAGUGUACGGUACCAAGCAAUAGAAGACUAUAAUGGUGCCUUUUGCCCUGUUACAAAAGGCAUAAGGACUUUCUGCACAACUCCAUGCACUGAGGAGCCUAGAAUUAUCCUUCGCAAGAGAGACCAUAUUUUAGCCACCCGAGGACUGAAGCAUUGGAUGUAUGGCGACAAAAUUACUGACCUGGCAACAAAUGAUGGGGAGAGAAUCAGAGGUUGGUUCCCAAGAAAAUGUGUGGAAAAAUGCCUGUAUGAUUCUGAAUCAGAUCAGCCGUUGGAUGGAGAAAAGAAAGCAAGAUAAUCCUCUGAUAACUGGAAAAGUUUGCUUUGGACCACUGUCCUUCUACUUGAAUAUUCUAUAUAUAUUCUUAUGUAUGGAACAAGCAUCAUAUUUUGUGUGUUUGCAAGGAUGGGAGCUUCAGUGCCAUAAAUCUAAUCAUCUUUUGUCAUUUUCAAAAGGGAGGGAGCCAUUCCAUGGAUGCCUUUUCAUAUUAUAGCUUUCACAAUAUAGAACACAUUUGGCUUGUUUUUUUUAUUUAAUUUUAUUAUAUAAUCUUAAGAAAUGUAAGAGCUACAUUUUUUCGGAUAUUUAAGCAGUAUUUAAGUACUGCUCAUUUAAAAAUAUAUUCUCUUGGUAUUUACAUUCCUCAAAUUACUUUUCUAUUGCCAUCAUGAGAGUUGAAAGAACCAUAUGAAUGAAUGCAGCUGAGUUGACUUAGCUGAUGCUUUGGAUUUUUUCUUAUUUUAAUAUCAUGUGAUUUUUAUUAAACAAAAAUAAAAUGGAAAAGAUUACAUUUACUCUUUAGUGCAUCUUUAGUGAUGAACGUGCUGAUUUUUUGCAGUGAAAUAACAAAACCAGAUAACAAUUCACACAACAUGUUAACCCAUGACAGCACUUUUUGCUUCUGUGUAGUGUAAUGUGUGACAUCAAAUUAUUACUAUAUUGCUUUCUCCAGCCUGGUACCCUGUAGAUACAAUAAAUUUUAUCCAAUCAGCAGGGA